AUGCGUCGCCGGGUCGCGCAGAAGGCUGAAGGUGCCGCACGACCACGCAACACCGCUGUUCUCGCCGCAUCUAUCGAUGACCCGUUCCUGAGCUCCUCUAUCAAGGCCACGACUGCCAGAGCGUACUCGCCGGGAACCCUCUUCGGAGCUACCGCGGCGGUCCAACGGCCUCCGAGGAUCCAGCACGCGCCCGAGGCCAAAGCGAUCGCAUCCGACGACACCAACACGUCUUCUUCGUCCACUUUACCAACUUUUCGUGCCCUCGCGUCGAACUCGGCAUUACGGCUACAGCGCGCGCACAUCGUCCGCUCAACCCCUCAUGCCAAGAGAGUGCCGUUGUCGCCGAUCAAACGACGCGUCGUCCCUGCCCGACGGAAAAGGGGCGACGAGGGCGACGAGGUCGAGUCGGGACCGAGACGGCGGCGUAAAACGGACGACGACGACGAUGGAGGCGACGUCGAGGAACUUGAAUCUUACGCCCGUACUCUUGAAUUUGAACUGGAGGAGGAUACCCAUUUGGCACCGUUUGAAGAAGACGAGCCAUCGUUGCGGCUAGCCGGAGAAGCGGACAGCAACGAGGACCAACACACGCUCGACGAGGACAUCCUCCCUUGGAACGAGCACGAGUCGACGGAUCAAUUUACACCUGAUGUGCCUGCGGCCCUUAGCACCCACGCUGAGCGGAGGGCAGAAACCGAUGCCGUGAUCGUUGCUUCGACGGAUGAUGGAGAUCGAAUAGGUCAACCGCUAGGGAAGAGGGCAACAACCACGACAAGAGAUAGGCGUCCGAGUCGAGCCACUAUAACAGCUGUUUCAACACGUCAAGUCCGUGCUACACCUCCCCAGAUCACUUCUUCAGUCGACGACGCCUUCUCUCGCGCGGCCGCAGCCCUUUCAUCGCGUCAGGCCGCCAACUCGGCCGCAUCGUCGUCGAUCCGUUCUCUUGUCUUUGCGUCCUUCAGUCGGGCUGCGGCAAGUGUCGAGAGUCGGAGUAGAGCCGAAGCCUCAAUAAGUGCAAGUAGAAGUAGAGCGCAAGCUGCCAGCGUGGCCAGUCUCUUCUCCGCCGCAGCUGAAAGCAUCUCGGUGCGGGACGCGGGUGGGACGACGGCUGCCGCCACCUCGGCACUUUCAUCGACUUCGGCAGCAUCUGCUUCGGCAGCGUCAUCUGCUCUAGCAUCGACAGCGACGCAAACAAGCUUUUCGAUCACUUCGACCUCCUUAGCCACCUCGUCGUCGGAAACGGGCGUAUUGGAGACAUCCUCAACGGCUUCGGCAACCUCUGGGCCAACGGCAGCCGCGUCUACGUAAGCUCGCAACUCCGCGAUUGAUGCCGAGACGCCCGGAAGCUGAUCUGACUUGUCCUUUGCAAAUGUAGAUCCUCGAAUCACCGACUGCGGGAUAUCCUACUUCCUGCCCUACUCGUCCCUCUUGGUCUGAUACUACUCGCCACUGCAUUGUUCCUGUGCACGAAGCGUCGCAACAGCAAAGACCAGGCGGGGACCGCAGGCAACGAGUCUUCAUGGGGUGGCAGCGGCAACGACGGGGCGAUGAUAGGAGCCCCUCCUGCUGCCGCGUUGAUGGCAGCCGCAGCAGCGGGUACUUCCAACUCGAGAAGUGGUUCGAGCAGCAACAAUCCGAGCCAGGACAGCUUCGGGACAAGCCCCUCGGCGAUUGGCGUGGCUUACAGUGGUGUUGAGCCCCGAUCAAAGUGGGGCCGAAGAUCGUUGACAGACGUCAUCGCCGGUGGAGUCCGCGCCGCCGGAGUCGGAGGCUCUAGCCGAGGACGUGGUCAAGUGACGUCGACGACGAGCAGUUUCGGCGGAGGGCGCCAACCCAGUAUGACCGGAAUCUCGGACUACGCUGGCACCGCGAUCGACUACCAACCUGGUCAGAUGCGGCCCGUCGCGACACCAUCGAUCCUCAGCGUCUCGAUGUCGGGAAGCAAUCCCGGCACCCCCGUCUUCCAGCAGCGUUACGACUCGCCUCAGCAUUACGACCCCUUUGCUCCGACCAUCAUCCCCGUCGCAGGAGCCUUCGCCCACCGUUCCUCGUCUACCAAUCAAGAGGAUUAUGGCGACGACCGUGGUAGCUUUACGAGCCGCGACUCGAGAGACGAUUUCGAUCCAUUCGCCCGUCAAGACCUGAACAUCGGGGGUACAGCGGCGCAAGGAGCUCAACAGGCGGUACCAUGGACGGAACAAGCUGGCCUCGGAUGCCUUUCCACUCCCGUCCUCCAGCCCCCAGCCUUCGAACGUGCCGAAACGGCUCAAACGGCCGUUACUGCCCGGACGCAUCAGACGGGUGAUUCAACCGAUGUGUAUCAAACAGACAUGGCGCCGAGUGGGGCAGAGUCCGCAAUUGACGAUACCUCGGAUGAAGAAUUGCUGGGUACGCCAACGGUGAUCCAACAGCCCGUUCAUUUCGGAAGCUCUGGGUCCUCGAACGGUGGAUCCGGGAAUGGCAGCGGUAGCAGUAGAGGGUCCGUCGCGAGAGCGAACAUGGAGAACCGACCGUCGAGCUCUCACAGCGAUCGAUCGACCGGAACGCCGAGAUUGGGGAUGGGUCAUGGUAAUGCCGGUGGUGUCAGACGAGGCGAUGGGAGCUGGUGGUGA